AUGUCGCUAGCUUUGACGGAUCCGCCCGUGUCAAGCGAGGUGGAGACGCCUACAGCGCGAUCCUGUGGAAGUUACCUGAGAGAACUGUGGGACGGAUCCGCUGCGAUUGGUGAUCUGUGGCGCCACAAACCUGUUAGAAGCGAAAUCGACUGUAAGGCGCCUGGAUUGACGUUAUUAAGACAAAAGGCGUUGGACAGAUUACGGAUCCGGCCGGAUCAUGAGUUGGUACAUGUGAAGCGAGAUUGGAACGGAAGUGAAGAUAGCCUGGCUAGUGCUGCAUUGCAACGAAAAUGUGGGAUCGAAGUCGAAACCGAUAGCGAGAUUCAGGAUCUGAUGACAUUGAAUCGACUAGAUGAGCUAUUGGUGGCCAUAUCCGGCGUGAGAUCAGGAUCCAACCCCCCGGUAUUGUGCGAAGAAGUGAUCAGAGAGCUCAGGAUCCAACCCCCCGGUAUUGUGCGAAGAAGUGAUCAGAGAGCUCAGGAUCGAGCGGAUUCGGCAGGCACAGGAGGAGGAGGCGUGGAUCCACCGUUUGAAGAAGUAUCUGGUGGGCGAAAUACGCGAUCUGACACAGGAAGAGGCCAGAUCUUGCGGAUCCGUCGCUAUGAAUUACGAAGUGGAUCAGCACGAUCUCCUUUUCUAUUGUCCCACUACAAAGGAAUCGGCUGUGGAUCGGGACAAAUUGAUGCGACUGGUGUUACCUGA